AUGGUUUGUGUCUUAGUUACUGGAAAAGAUCUUCUAGGUAUUAUGCUUCAUGAUAAUAGUAAAAAUAAGAAACUAAGUGUUGAGGAGUUAGUUGAUGAAUGCAAGACUUUGUUUUUUAGUGGCCAUGAGACAACAGCUUUGGCACUCACAUGGACUUUAUUCCUACUAGCUUUGCACCCAGAAUGGCAAAAUCAUCUUAGAGAAGAAAUCAAACAAGUCAUUGGAGAAGGGGAAUUGCUUCUAAAUGAUCUCACAAAUAUCAGAAAACUUAAGAAGAUGGGAUGGGUGAUGAAUGAAGUCUUGCGGUUAUAUUCAGCAGCACCAAAUGUCCAGAGACAAGCAAGAGAAGACAUUCAAGUUGGUGAACUCAUAAUUCCGAGCGGAACAAACAUAUGGGUCGAUUUGGUAGGCAUGAAUCACGACUCGGAUUUGUGGGGGAAUGAUGUGAAUGAAUUCAAACCAGAGAGGUUUAAAGAUGAUACUCUACAUGGAGGAUGCAAACACAAAAUGGGGUAUCUGCCAUUUGGUUUUGGUGGAAGAAUGUGUAUUGGAAGGAACUUAACAAUUAUGGAGUACAAAAUUGUUUUAAUUCUAUUACUCACUAGGUUUACAUUUACUCUUUCCCCGAGUUACAUCCAUUCUCCUGCUAUCAUGCUUUCUCUUAGACCAACAAACGGUUUACCUCUCAUAGUUCAACACGUUUAAUCUAGUGUUUAUCAUGUAUCAUAUCUUGAAUUGGGUGUAAAAAGCUUUGCCAUUGGGUAGAUGUGGCUGGAAGUCUAUUAUCAUUGGUAUGUUCUUUUUUUUUUUCUUUCUGAAAUUGUUCGAAAUUAAUGUACUACCAACGACCGGUAUAUAUGUAGUUUCUCUUUGAAUAUAUUACGACUGCUGGGCUAGACGGCCAGUUACCGGCAAUGACCAAAGUUCAAACUGGUCAGCACCAUAAAUUUAUCCACCAAGAAAACUUAAAAAUAAACUACUUAUAAAUAACAUAAUUUUCAAUUAUUUUUAGUUCUUUCCUGUUAGCUUCAUCAUUCAUGGCUACUUCUUUGGACGACAACAACAAUAUUCUACAGCGAUAAAACAUACACCACGAGGAUAACCUAGUGAUUUGCAGCGACUAU